UUUUAAGUUAGAACAAAACAUACAGUCUGAAGAGACACUUAUGUGUCGAUUAUAGCGUUUGACCGAAAAAGUGUGGGGGCAAAAAUGUUUCAUGACACGUUUUUAAAAAAAAUGCAAAUCAGUGAGUUAAAAAAAUGAACCGGAAGAGUUUGCUUUCAACAUGGAUUUUUGUGAACUAGUAGGAACGUGGCCUUCUGGAAGAGGCUUGCCUUUUUCACCCUGAAGAUGGAACCGUGUCACGGGGUUAUGAAAGCCUUCCCCAAAGUUAAAAGGGCCCGAGUUUCUCAAGGAAAAGAUUCUCCUCCUUUAAAGAAGACAUCUGAUGAAUUUGAUGUCACAGGACAUACCUUUAAUGGUACCUCAGUGUACAUCCUGCCUGCAGGAAUAGGAAAUGCAAGAUGUCAAAUAUUUCAAAGACAAAUUCAACAGAACGGAGGCCAGACAGAAAGGUCGCUCUGUGCUGGUGUCACUCAUGUUGUUGUUGAUGACAACAUGGAGUGUGACAGGGCUCUGCGUCUCAUCAAGGUGGACGCAAUGCCUUCCGGUGUCCAUCUCGUGAAAUGCAGCUGGUUAAGUUCAUGUAUCAGUGAGAAACAACUCUUGGAUGAAUCAAGCUACAGUCUUUUAACAAAGAGGGAUUUGGAAACUCAACAAGACUUGCUGAACACCAAAUCUCCAACUGAAGUGACUCCCAAGCCAGAAUGUGAUCAAAGCAAGCAAGGGGAGACAUCAGACAUGAUUGCAUCAGACAAAAAAGAAACGCAAGGAGAAGAUGAGGGAGUCAGUCAGAGUCACCUUGAAGCUCUCAUCACAGGCCAGCGCCCCAAAGAAGAAGCCACUGGGCUCAACCUUGAGCCUGGUGGAGACACUGGCAUUCGUCCGGUGGUCUCAGGGAAGUGGGUCUGCGCACAAUCUUCUCAAUCUAAAAGUGAUAACUUCAACAAACACAUCACCGACAAACUAGAACUACUGGCCAAGGCUUAUACACACCAGGGGGACAAGUGGAGGGCAUUGGGGUACUCCAAAGCUAUCAAUGCAUUGAAGAGCUAUCACAAGCCGGUUACGUCAUAUCAGGAGGCAUGCCUCAUCCCGGGAAUUGGCAAACGCAUGGCGGACAAAAUUGAUGAGAUCAUGGAAAGUGGUCAUCUGCGCAAACUGGAUCACAUUGGAGAGGCGGUGCCAGUAUUGGAGAUUUUCACCAACAUUUGGGGUGCGGGAGCAAAGACAGCACAGCUUUGGUACCAACAGGGAUUCCGCACUUUGGAGGACAUCCGCACAAAAGCCCAUUUGAGCAGCUCUCAGAAAAUAGGGCUCAAGCACUACGAUGACUUCCAAGACAGAAUGCCUAGGGAAGAAGCUGCAGCCAUUGAGGAAGUGGUGACGCAUGCUGCCAAAGCAAUAGAUUCUGGCCUGGUGGCAAUGGCAUGUGGCUCGUAUCGCAGGGGAAAGAGUACAUGUGGAGAUGUUGAUGUGCUUAUUUCACAUCCUGACGGAAAAUCCCACAAAGGUGUAUUCAGCAAAGUGCUCCAGAGCCUCCAUGACACUGGCUUUUUGACAGAUGAUCUUGUGAGUCACGAGGACAAUGGAGAGCAGAAGAAAUACAUGGGCGUAUGCCGCCUGCCAGGAGCAGACCGCCGCCAUCGCAGGCUGGAUGUCAUUGUGGUGCCUUACAAUGAGUUUGCCUGUGCGCUGAUGUACUUCACCGGCUCGGCACACUUCAACCGCUCCAUGCGGGCUCUAGCAAAGACAAAGAACAUGAGCUUGUCAGAGCAUUCGCUUAAUCAAAGUGUGGUGCGUCAAGGUAGUGCCAAGGUGUAUGCUGGCACUCCCCUACCUACACCUACUGAGAGCGACGUUUUUAAACUUUUGGGUAUACCAUACAGAGAGCCUUGUGAAAGGGACUGGUGACAGUUUGCAAUCGCCAUGCUUUGUUCUAUUAGAAUUUAGUCAUCCAUCCAUUCAUUUUCCGAUCCGCUUUAUCUUCACAAUGGUGCUGGAGCCUAUCCCAGCCGUCUUCGGGCAGUACCUGGGGGACACCCUG